GGCCGGCCGGCUCGAGCGGGGCCGGGGGCGCUCAUGGCGGGCGGGGGACCCGGGGACCCGGGCCAGGGGGCGGCGGGGGCGGCCGCGCCCGAGACCCGCGAGCACCUCUUCAAGGUGCUGGUCAUUGGCGAGCUCGGCGUGGGCAAGACCAGCAUUAUCAAGCGCUACGUCCAUCAGCUCUUCUCCCAGCACUACCGGGCCACCAUUGGGGUGGACUUCGCCCUCAAGGUCCUCAGCUGGGACAACCGGACGCUGGUGCGCCUGCAGCUCUGGGACAUCGCGGGACAGGAGCGAUUUGGCAACAUGACCCGGGUAUACUACAAAGAAGCUGUUGGUGCUUUUGUAGUCUUUGAUAUAUCAAGAGGUUCCACGUUUGAGGCCGUCUUAAAAUGGAAAAGUGAUCUGGAUAGUAAAGUCCACCUUCCAAAUGGCAGCCCUAUUCCUGCUGUCCUCUUAGCUAAUAAAUGUGACCAAAAAAAGGAUGGUGGCCAGAAUCCUACCCAGAUGGACCAAUUCUGCAAAGAACAUGGUUUCACUGGAUGGUUCGAAACUUCUGCAAAGGAUAACAUAAACAUCGAUGAAGCAGUCCGGUUCCUUGUGGAGAAUAUUCUUGCAAACCACCAAAGCUUUCCUAAUGAAGAAAACGACAGGGACAAAGUUAAACUGGAUCAGGAGACCUUGACCGCAGAGAGCAAGUCCCAGUGUUGCUGACAUGGCUUUUGCUUCUGUCUCAAGAGCAGAUGCAGCCUGCCUGGGCUGGAGCCAGGCCUGAGUUUGGAUAAGGUGCAGAUGUGCUGUCCCGUGAGUCUUCCCAGGGCUGCACUUUAAAGGAAUGCUCUGGUUUUUCCUCAGGUUGCAUAUCUUUCUCCCUGUUCUGAAUGAUAGUGACAGCACCCCUGGGAGCCUGCGCCCACACAGGGCUUCUCUGGUGGUUGCCAUAAGUUCAGGAUAAUGUUUACAUCCUCUGUAACAUCUUUUUAAAUGAUGCUCCCCCCCGCAUCCCACCCCUUUACCAACUUCCAAGUUGUGCCUUGUGGCGGGAGUGCUGAGGUAAGAAACCUGACCUACAGUCUUUGAGCAAGGCUGUGGGGCUCUGUCUUGUCUCCAUAUCCUGGUCUCACUCUCCAGGCUCUGGAGGCUGCAGGCUCUGGUUGUCACAGAAGGCUUGAAGUCCCUGUUUUGCAGCCUUUCUUUCUUUUUUCUUCUUUCCUUCC